UGGCAGCCCUGACACAAGGCCACGUCUCACUGACAUAAACAAGAGGGAGGACAGUAGCGCCUCCUCCCUCUCUAAACUAUUAUAUUUCCUCUCAGCCUUCUGAAAAUACGCCAUUAUUGUAUUAAACUAUCACUAAUGGUGUGUGGUGAGAGGAGGCGCACCUCGCUGUGUGAAGGUAGUGGCUGCAGUCACUACCAACAACUGUAUAUUGAAAUAUCUUAGUCACGUCAGUGGUUGUUGUUUCCUAUUACGUGAGUGAAGCUUCUAGAUAAAUUUACAAUGGGGGAACCAGAACAGGUGAUUGCUGAACCUGAUGAGGUGGAAGAUGUGGAUGCUAGUAUUGAUGGCCUCCACCCACCCACACUUGAACAACAUCACCCAUGGCUGAUUUCUUAUUCGAUUAAUUCAGCACUUUCAUGGCUAGCUUUUAAUGGAUGGUACACACUUGGCUUUUUAUUACUUUGCUAUAUUUUGUGGCGCCGUAUAGAGCCAAAAUGCCAGCAGUGGCUAAGAAAGCGAGAAGAAUUUAAAGAAGCCGCAAAAUAUCACAAAGAUCCAGAUAAAGUUCUGGCAAGAGAAAGGGCAUUGGAUGAAGCUCGCCUUCGAAUGCAAGAACAGUACAAUAAAGAUGCACAGAAACAAGCUGAGAAAAGAAAAGAGCAAGAAGAGAAACGAAGGCUUGAACGCAUAGAAGACUGGGAGCGCCACAAGCGAGGGGAUGGUUAUAGAAGUAAGACACGAACUGGCGCAAGUGGAUCAUCUGAGGUUGAGAGUAACAAUGGUAAUAAACCAUCUAGGAAACCAAAACUCAGACCAGAAUACAACCCAUUGACUGGAGACACUGGUGGAGGAACAUGUGGAUGGAGACCAUCUCAACGUGGUGCCUCAGGAGGUGGAUGAGGCUAAGGAAGGUACACACUAAAGUCAUCUCAUCAUUAUAUCCUGGAUUCUCAAUUAAAAUUCCUGAUAGAUACAAGAUUAUCUUAGCUUUUCAUUGGAAAAUCCAUAAAUGUCUAGGAUAAUGAUGAUUGUGUGUACAAAAUACUGUUAGGGUACUUGUGAUCCUGUUCUAUACAUUUUUUUCAAUAAAGAUUCUCAGUCAUGCCUCUUAUAAAGUACUCAACAGUCCCCUCUCAGAAUCCAGGGGAUGUCAAACAAUAUGAUGCUUUGGACCAAACCAGUAUCCAGCUGUGGUUCAAGGCGGAUGCGUUACCUGGCAUCUCAGGUUUUUCAUACUGGUUAAUGCAUCGUCAAGUCACUCACUGAUGUAGAAAAGUUUACACAGUGUAUCGGUAACAAUAUCUAACCCAUGGAUGAAAAACUUGAAUGGAAAUGGGGGAUUCUGAGAAGUGAAAAUAAUAUGCAGUGUACAAUGUAUUUGUUCAAAUAUUACAAAUAUUUAAUUAUUGACUAUGGUAUUUAUUUUUUCAUAGUAUGUAUACUAUAUACUUGAUAAUAUGUAUGCAUAAUGUAUAUGUAUACAGAUGUUCAUUGCUAGUAAUCUUUGAUGCAUCAUAUAGAUAGAAAUUACAGUUCAAUAGGAAAGCUGAUUUUCAGUUUGAUAAAAUAUCACUUGUCAUAAAAAAAGUUAGUUUUUUAAUUAUUAAAUUUUCUAACUUGUUAAAGAAAAGGCAUUUCAAGAAAAUUUUACAUUUAUCAACACAUUUUGAGAUUUGUCAAGUCACACCCAACAAACCAUAUUCUUACUAGAACAGUAAUUGAUUUAAGUAUUCAAAUUUCUGAAACAGAAAAGCCUGUGUCUAAUUUAUUAUUACAGUAAACUCUCAAUUUAAUGAACUUCAGAAUUUAGACAAAAUCUGCUGGGUCAGUUGAUGCAGAAACAACGAACAGGUUCAUUAGUUACACAGUUGCUGAUUGUUCAGUUAUUACUGGAGACCCACUCUUCUCUAGUAGACCAUUAUACUGAGGGUUUACAGCAUUUCUUUAAUUUGGAGGAAACCUACUCUAUCUUGAAAUUAUGACGUACCCUUCUGUACAUAUCAAUUUAAUACACACGCACACUGUUUUUGUCAUAUAUAUUAGUAUACUGUCAUGAAAUAUACUUUAUAAAGAUGUACUCUCUCUUUAAAACUUGCAUAAUAAAAUAAAUUGUUAAUUUGAGCAAA